AACUACCAAUUUGAUUUGUAAUACUUUUUAUUGCAGCCCAUAAAAUGACAGAAGAAACAGAGGUAGCUAAUGGAUAUGCAAAUGAGCCCGUGCACAAGUCUAAAUCACCCAAGGAAUCGUCACCCGUUAUGUCCAACGGAAAUGGCGACGUUCCCGCAAGUAAUGAAUCGAAAAUGAAGCCUUCAGUCACUGUUAAUCAAAGCUCAAAUGAUGCUUCAGCCGGCAAGCUAAAAACUAUCAACCUGAGUUGCACUGAAAAUGAAGGCCCCACCCAAAUCCUGCCCUCCGAAGAGCUGUGGACUUCGGAUCCGGCCGGCCGAAUCAAGAUUAGGGGCAAAGACCUGGAAGAGUGUCCUCCCAUCUCGGUGCCAGGUCUACUCAACAGAACGGCCACCAACUACCCUGACAGGAUUGCUCUAGCUCUCAAGCAACCCGACGGCAAAUACCAAGAGAUCACCUACAAACAAUACGAGGAGAAUGUGAGAAUAGUGGCCAAAGCAUUCAUCCACUUGGGUCUGGAGCGCUACAGUUCGGUUGGCAUCAUUGGAUUCAAUUCGCCCGAAUGGUUCUACACAGAUUUGGCCGCCAUUUAUGCCGGGUAUAGAAAGAAAAUACUAAACAUUCUCCUACCAACUAAUUUCAAAAAGAUUCAAAAUCUCUGUUGUUAGUUUUUGUAAACAAUUGUCCAGUGUCGUGCAAUAGUGUUCUAUAUAUUUUGACAAUAUAUAGAUGCUUUUGAAA